UCAAACAGUUUCAUCGAAAUGUCAUGUUAUUGUAGCUACUUUGGAAUGUGCCUUUCUUCUGACUUUUUGUUUUCAAGAAUACCACCCUGAGGUUAAAGAUGCUGCACAUGCUUUUGUGUGGGGGAAAAGUCAACGACACAGACAGAUGACCGUUGAGGACUAUUCUAGCCCACAGAUCUGCAAUCUUCGAUGAAUGUACCAGCGCACACUUAACAAUUGAAGAAGUGAGUCCCGCGGCAUCAGGUGAGUGUGAUGGCUAACGGAGGAGACUCGUUUGGCCUUCCGGAGCGCGCAGACACAGACUGCUCGGACACACCAAAAGAGAAUAAACCAGAGAAUCAGACGCGCGUGUCCUCACCUCAAACCACCUGCGCACAACAGGGAAUGGAAGGAAUCAAAGUGUAUCUACAUGAGCGCGAACUCUGGACUAAGUUUAACGAGGUUGAAACUGAAAUGAUUAUCACGAAGGCGGGAAGGAGGAUGUUUCCCAGCUACAAAAUAAAGGUCACAGGGUUAAAUCCCAAAACCAAGUACAUUCUUCUAAUGGACAUAGUUCCCGCAGAUGACCAUCGCUAUAAAUUUGCCGACAAUAAGUGGUCGGUCACUGGGAAAGCUGAACCUGCGAUGCCGGGGAGACUUUACGUGCAUGCAGAUUCUCCCACCACAGGCGCGCACUGGAGCCGCCAGCUAGUGUCCUUCCAGAAGCUCAAGCUCACUAAUAACCACCUGGACCCGUUCGGUCACAUUAUAUUGAACUCCAUGCACAGAUACCAACCCCGCCUUCAUAUCGUGAAAGCUGAUGAAAACAACGGAUUUGGAUCGAAGAACACCGCGUUCUGCACGCAUGUGUUCUCAGAGACUGCCUUCAUUGCAGUGACAUCAUACCAAAACCACAAGAUCACCCAGCUGAAGAUAGAGAAUAACCCGUUUGCUAAAGGCUUCAGAGGGACCGAGGACAUGGAGCUUCACCGUAUGGCCAAGAUACAAGGUAAGGACUACCCAGUGGUGCCCCGCAGCACAGCGCGUCAGAAGGCUGUAUCCAGGGGGAGUCCGUACAAGGGGGACGGCCAGGGCCUCAGUUCCCCGGAGGGACUGGGAGCCCCGUUUCCCUGUGAGAACGGGGUGAACGGCAGCCCCCAAGAGCUUCUCACCUCCCCUUUGGCCCCCUACGGCCUCCCCCAUCCUCACCAACAGGCCUACCACUGCACCAAGAGGACAGCGGACAAUAGCGGUUCUGCAGGAGACCAGCAGCAUCUGUACAGGAAGUCUUUUAUCGAGAGUUCAAGUGAAGACGAAUCCUACUACCGCCCUGCUCCCUACCCUCCUCUCCUCCCCCCUCCCCCCGGGCUGCCCCACCAACACCAACCACCCUUGGGACUCUCUGGCUCCCCCUACAGCCUGGAGGGGGGACAGCGCCAGGCAUGCAUGUUCGCCGGUUCGGAGCCCAGGCUUGAGGACCUGAGCUGUACGUCUUGGUCUUACGGCUGCCCUUUGACCCCUGCCAUGACCCCUAUGGACCCCUACCCCACCUUCGCCUCCCACACCCCCUACAGCUCCAGCCCUAGGGGCUCUCGGCUCAGCUCUGUAGCCCACCAGGGUUCACCUCCCCUGGGGGAGUCUCUCUCACAUGACCCCUACCAGACUCAGACCUCAGGACCGCCCUCUCAGACCCCCCAACACCCCCACAGCAGGCAGCUCAGCCCACACCUGGGAGAGUACCCUGGCUACUCCACCAACCUCACCCCUCCCCUCUACCACACACUGGACACACACAGUAGGGAAGGACUCCCAGAGUGGAGUGAAGCCACCUGAUUGGACCAGAAGUCUGUUCGGUAACAGGGCAACGACUUUUGAUUGAUGGUUAGGGCUUCUACGGUACAUCUGUCACUCACAUGACAGCCUCGGUUCUAGCCUGAUGAGAGAUUGCAGUCUGUCGGCAAAGUUGACAGUUUAAAGUGUGCCCAGUCCUAUGCUGUGUGAAGAGAUGUCUAUUGCUGUUUGUGAUCCC